AGGUGCUGACCUUCAGCGCUGGUGUGCGAGUGUGCCCCGGAAGAAACCUGGCAAUGGUUGAAAUCAUGACGACCCUGGCCAAUGUGCUGAACCGCUUUGACCUGAGGCUGCCUGAGGACUCGCUGUUCAAGCCUGAUAUCCGCGACCAGCAUGGGCUUCCUAUCAUCAUGCCGCGCAAUAACGCAGUAACCUCUGCUCCGAUGUUCCCAGACCGCGACUGUAAUGUCGUUAUCAGCCGGCGCAAGUAAUCAUUAUGCCUUGUACAUGCGUAUUUCUUUCUUACAUUCCAAUAUUUAACGCACACCUCUGGCCUGCUUUUCUGCUCUGCUCUGGCUCGACAUGUGCGGAAAUUGACCCAAAAAUAGACACGGUAUAUGCCUGGAUGAGAGCUUAUUUAAAUACGGGUGAGCAAGGGGCUAAGCCACCUGAAUGGGGUAGGCCAGGCGUAGCAAAAUUAGAAAAGCCCGGCGAGCCCAUCACCGCUGCGAUUGCUGCUGCCACCGCCAAGGGAACAGCCAAUCCUGGCUGCAAAUCGACUGCGCCGUUUGGCUCAGUGGUCGAGCUGGGCUCUUUCUCGGAGCUUUCGAGUGUGCUGGUCGGCGAGGGAGUGCUUGUAGGCUUAUGUGUCGAUGUCGGUGUUGGCGUCAGUGUCGGCGUCUGAGAACCAGCCAGCGCCUGGGCACGGCUCAGGUACCCAGCCGGCACGUCGGCACAAAGGCCGCCGUAGGGCAGUGGUGCCAUACAGCCUAACAGCCUUUUCGUAGUCGCCCGGCUUGCCCAAGUACUUUGCGUCAUUGAUAUUCAUGUUGACUUGGUAGAAGAUGCUCGCCCAUGAGACAGACGCUGCCGACACGUACGACUUUGUAUUGGUGAUCUUUGGCGCAUCCUUGAUGAGGUCCUCGCCAUAAACAGCACUAGCCAGAAUAGCCAGCGGGAGUGUGAGUAUCAGACGCAUUAUGCUAUGUAUUUAAGGUAAUGUAGUGUUUGGAGGGUAG